AUGCAGCAUAUUAGCGGGCACCGCAAGGUGCUGCGCGCGAGUAGCAAGCAGAGACAGCAGAGUAAGGAGAGAAAGUUGGCCCGGAAGCAGACGGAGAAGGAGUGGAAGGAGGAGAGUGGAAUGGGAAGAGGGGAACGUACGGAUAGGUUGGGCGAUGGGGAGGGGACUUGCGAUGAAGCUGGGACAAGUGGUGGUGGGGACAAGCACGACGAGGGACGCGGUCAAGGCGAUAUCCUACCCGAGGCCAGAAAGGGUGAUAUGCAGGUCAAGCAUGGAGAGAAGGAUGAAGUAGGAUCUAGGGCAGAUGAGGGUACGCAGCGAAGUGCGGAUCAGCUCGAAGGCAUGCAGGAUAAGGAACGCAAAGGAUUUGGAGAGGUUUAUUGA